AUGGCAGACAAGUACGAUGAUCUCGACGACCUUUUAGAUGAGUUCGAGGAACAGGACCGUAUUCUGAACGCACCUCCUGGCUCGGCUAAUCUAGGUGGGGCUUCCAUCAAGGAGCUUGAUGCUUCUGCUUCCAAGCCGGCGGUGCCUGCUACCGCGCCCAAGGUUGUUGACGAGCCUGGCGUGUCUUCAAAUGAAGACAAAGAACUCAAUGAGGCUGCUGAACGGCUAGCAAAGCUGCUCACCCCGCAGGCCGAAAAAGACGAGCUGACGGUGCCUGAGCUGGACGAAGAAUUCGCCAAGCAGCUGCAAUCAGGUAUGGACGAUUUGGUGUCUGAGAUGUCAGAUGAUCCUGAGGCCCGCAAGGCAUUUGAAGAGCUCAUGGCCGGCCUCACUGGGCAAAACCCCGGUGAUGUGUUUAAUGCUGCGGGCGUCAAGGACAAACCGGCCGCGCCCGUCAGUUUCCAAGACACAAUUGCUGCUACAAUGAACCGUCUGAAUGAAAAUCAGAGCUCGCCAGGGCCCAGUGAUGAUGCUUUCCUCGAGAAAAUGCUUAAAGAGCUCCAGGACGCCGCCGGAUCGGGUGCUGGAGCCGGUGGUAUGGAUGGGCUGCUGUCCAGUCUAAUGGAGGAACUCUCCAGCAAGGAUAUUUUGUACGAGCCCAUGAAGGAGAUGCACGAUAAGUUCCCUGGCUGGCUCAAUGAGCAUGGCCCCAAGAUCAGCGCUGAAGAAUUGCAGCGUUAUAAGGACCAGCAACGCAUCGUCGAGGACAUUGUUUUGAAAUUUGAAGAAAUGACUUAUAGUGAUGACGAUAAGGCAUGCCGCAAGUACAUUUCGGCCAAAAUGGAGGCCAUGCAAGCCACUGGCGCUCCCCCUCCCGAGCUGGUAGGUGAUUUAGCCGAUGGUGCUAUUCCCGGCGGUAUUCCUGGCGCUGGGCCUAGUGAUUGCGGCGUUCAAUAA